AUGGCGCUAGUAGCGCAGCUCCGGUGGCUCCAGUCUCAAUUCAGGGAGCAGAUUGAUCCCGGUUGCACGUUUGUACGGCCCGAACUGCCCAAGUUAUUCAAGUUCGACGUUGCGACCGGUACCGCGCAUGGGCCACCUACGUUACCACCUUGA